AUUAUAUAAAACGGAAAUGAAGUCUUGCUGUCAAACGCGUGUCUAUGCUCAGAAAUUCUCUUUCAUCGUUCUUCGUUUACCGUAUCGGAGGUUAGAAACAUGACUCGCAAACGCCGUAAUGGAGGACGUGCCAAGCACGGAAGAGGCCACGUUAAGGCCGUAAGAUGCACCAACUGCGCGCGCUGCGUGCCAAAGGACAAAGCGAUCAAGAAGUUCGUCAUUAGGAAUAUCGUUGAAGCGGCGGCCGUCAGAGAUAUCAAUGAAGCCUCCGUAUAUGCCUCAUUCCAGCUGCCCAAGUUAUACGCUAAGCUCCACUAUUGCGUCUCUUGCGCGAUCCACAGUAAAGUGGUCCGCAACAGGUCCAAGAAGGACAGGCGCAUCCGGACACCGCCCAAGAGCACCUUCCCCAGGGACAUGGCUCGUCCACAGAAUGUACAGAGGAAGUGAACUUCAAUAAAAAACUAAAAAACCAA